AUGAAUUCGAAAAUUGUGGAAGAUCGAGAAGUAGCUGAUUUCUUUAUUGGUGCAUGCUCAGAGACAUUACUGUCGUUUCUGCAGGAAUUGCAUUCAGCCCUGAAGAAAUAUUCUGAGAAUCCCGAAAUUAUUCCACCACGUAUUGUUGGAACCAUUCCAUCUGGUAGCACUGUACAUCUUUAUAUGCCUGUGAUUGACGAUGUGUACUCCGGAGUUAAGACUUUAGGGUACAAUGCUAGUUCUAACAUGGGUUUCGUGGGAUCUAUCAAUGUCACUGACGCGGAGUCCGGUAUGUUAUAUGGUACGUUGCAGGCUAAGGAACUCACCGGUGUGAGAACAGCAUUGGUGAGUUGCAUUGGGUUGUAUCAUCAGUUAGAUAAAUUUGAAAACCUGGGUGCCAUCAAUUGUACCGUCUUUGGCAGUGGUUUGCAGGCCUUCUGGCAUGUCUUGUUUUGUGCGAGGCUGCUUAGUGGUAAAUGUAAGCAGCUUAAUGUCUGCUUUGUGAAUCGUUCCUCGAAGAUUGAUCUGGAACCUAUUAGGACGAUCUUAAACAGAGAUGAUACCAACAUGGAACUUUCGUUCACACUCGUGAAACUGUCUGAAAAGCUGGCUGUGAAGAAAGUCGUUGCUAACAGUCACAUAAUAUUUGGUUGUGCGCCAUCUGAAGCUGCAAAUAUUCACUAUACAGACUUAGCCGAAGUUGAGACUAUUGUUCCACAUACUUAUAUCUCGCUGAUUGGCAGUUACAAGCCACACAUGCACGAAUGUGAUGCGAAACUCAUCAGUGAGUUUCAGAAGCAGAAGGUUCCUAUCUUGGUUGAUUCCAAGGAACAUACUCUCUUGGAAGCUGGUGAAUUGAUUGACAGUAAUGUCAAGCCCCAUCAACUACAAGAAAUUGGACGUUUAGAAAAGGACAAAUUGCAAACGAUUAGAUGUGAAAAGAAUAAUCGUACUAUCACCCUCUGUAAGAUCGUGGGUUUGUCCAUCAUGGACAUCUGUGUCGCUAAGAAAUUGCUAGAGGUAUCAAAAUUGGACUGA